GGCCCUGGAUCCUGGCUCCCUUUUGAGUAGCUUAGGUUUUUUUUUUUUUGGCUUUUAUAGGUUUUUAUUGAAUAGACCAUCGCGCACCGCUCCAGAUGGCGAGGGAUCUGAUCGGGCCGGCUCUGCCCCCCGGCUUCAAGACUCAGGGGACGGCGGAGGAUGAGGAGAGGGCCCCCAGCCCAGUUGCAGGACCAGCCCUUCCCCCUAAUUAUAAAAGAAGUAGUUCAGAAUCAUCAGACAGCGAUGAAGACAGUAGCUCUUUAUAUGAAGAAGGAAAUCAAGAAUCUGAAGAAGAUGACAUGGGUCCAACUCCGAGGAAACAGAAAAGAAAUCAGGAUGUUGACGAUGAUGAAAAUGAAGGGUUUUUCGGCCCAGCCCUUCCUCCUGGAUUUAAAAAGCAGGAUGAUUCUCCUCCAAGACCUAUAAUAGGUCCUGCACUACCACCUGGUUUUAUUAAAUCUACGCAGAAAAGUGAGAAAGGCAGAGAUGAUUCUGGACAACAAAUAUCAUCACAUUUUACCUCUGAGAAGGAAACAGAUAGCAGUGAAGAGGAUAUUGUGGGACCAAUGCCUGCAAAGGGACCAGUCAACUAUAGCGUAACAACAGAGUUUGAAAAGAGAGCCCAGAGAAUGAAAGAAAAACUGACCAAAGGAGAUGAUGAUUCAUCUAAACCAGUUGUGAGAGAAUCAUGGAUGACUGAGCUUCCUCCAGAAAUGAAAGAUUUUGGUUUGGGGCCCAGAACAUUUAAAAGAAAAGCUGAUGACAAAUCUGGUGAUCGAUCAGUGUGGACAGACACACCUGCUGACAGGGAAAGGAAAGCUAAGGAAACACAAGAAGCAAAGCAGUUGGUUAAUAAAAAGGAUGAAGAAUAUGUAUUGUCAGGAAGAGAAAAGAGAUUGGCUGAGCAGGUAUCUUCAUACAAUGAGUUAAAAAGGGCAGAAUCUCUUAUGGACAUUCAUCAUAAAAAAUUAAAGAGUAAGGCUGCUGAAGAGAAAAAUAAACCCCAAGAAAGAAUACCAUUUGACCGUGAUAAGGACCUCAAGGUUAAUCGGUUUGAUGAAGCUCAAAAGAAAGCUCUAAUAAAGAGAUCUAGAGAACUAAAUAGCAGAUUUUCACAUGGCAAAGGCAAUAUGUUUUUAUAAGUAAGUAUUAUUUCAGUGAGAUAUGUUUUCAUACUAAUGAAUUUAAACUUUUCAAUGAAAAUACUCAUCUAAAAUUGGAUGCAAAAAUUUAUUUCCUUUAAUAAUAAAAUAGACUAUCAGCUU